AUGCCUAUGUCAACAACAAACAAGCGGCACCAUCGUAUACCCCACAACAUUACCAAGGUGUCCGAAGUCUUAGGAAGCCGACCUCUGAAAUUCACGAUCACCCACUAUCGCCAACAACAACACUCUCACGAGGCAUUCAUCAACUGGGUCGUUGAGGAGCACCUGCCUCUUGCUAUACCCGUUUUUGAGAAGUACGGAGUCAUUGAGUACUCCCUUGUGAGCACUCAUUACUAUGAGCUCAUGCUAGAAUCCGGUGAGAGUGUGGUCGGUGGCUUGUCCAAUGUCACUAUUCCGCAAUUCCUGGCCUGGAACCCCAACUUCAAUGCUUUGUGCCAGAACGCCGUCAAUUAUAUUGACUAUGUGGUUUGCGUCGGUCCUCCUGGAGGCUAUCUUAAUCAUACCACCGACAUGUCAGGCAAUUCCACAGUACAGAAUCCAACAAGUAUCACCUCCGCUGUCCCUGCGCCCACCAAUGCCCUGAAUGGAUCUACCACAGAUUGUGGUCUGUGGUAUACAGUCGGAGAAGGGGAUAAUUGCAGUCUGGUCACUGUCGCCAAUGCCAUCUCCCUCGUGGACUUCUACUUCCUCAACCCAGAUAUUGACGCCAAUUGCACCAACCUCGAGCUCGGGGAGGCUUACUGCAUCGCCGCAGUUGGAGACAUUAGCACCUACUCUGGCUACCCAGUCACAACGCCCUUGUUCACUGUGACAACAGCCAGCUUCCCCGCCGUCGAUACAUCAAUUCCCACGGCGACCAGUGAUCCGGGGUUCGUCUACACGCCAACAUAUCUCCCUACGGCCCCGGACACGCUUACUAACUGCCAACGAUACGCCAACUAUGACAACACCACAUAUAACCUCAACUCUUGCAACCAGGGUACAGUUAUUGUGCUAUUCUCAAUAGUUCUUACACGGACUUGGCUCUCUCUGCUUGUCCUCAAUGCCACCGAGUCUACCACUGUCUCAAACUGCAACUGCUUCACCGGUGUCAAUGGCUACGAUAAAGGAGAAUACCAAUGUGCUGAUAUUGACGAAGACUUCGAUAUCACGGAAGCCCAACUCCUUACGUGGAACCCUUGGCUCGGCACAGACUGUGACACAAAUCUGUACGCUAGUCUUAACGAUACCGAUACUCGUGCCGUCUGUAUUGGGGUGGGUUCGAGCACGUCAACUACUGCCACCACAACCCCUAGUAGUACUACCGCUACUGCUACGUCGGUAGCCCCAACACAAACUGGAUACAUCUAUGGGUGCCAGGAGUUCUUCACCGUCGAGUCGGGAGAUGAUUUUUCGACAAUGGAGACUGAGUUUGGAGUUACUCUUGCCCAACUCUAUGAGUGGAAUCCCAGCAUUGGAAAAACAUGUACGAACCUUUGGCUCGGAUAUGCCUACUGCAUCAAGGGUCCCACGGCCACGGCGAGUAGCUCAGCUGGUGCGCCUACACAGACUGGCAUCGCGUCCAAUUGCAACGAAUAUUACACGGUCGUUUCCGGGGACUGGUGCGCGGCGGUCGAGGGUGCGUUCGAAAUAACAUUUGCGCAGCUGUACGAGUGGAAUCCGGUGAUUGGGUCAGAUUGUCAGUAUUUGGAUAUUGGCUAUGCCAUUUCUGUUGGCGUUUCAUAG